AGUCAGUGGAGGAGAUCAAACUCAUCAGAUUCUCCUGCUCUUCAUCAUGGCUGAUUCACAAGCAUCCAGAGAUGGAGAUUUCUCUCCAGGACGCAGUUCAGUCCAGCAGAAGAGCUCAAACCCAGAGUCCAGCUGUGUGUCUGUGAAGAGUGACGGAUAAUGGAUAGAGCAAUGAAUCGCCCAAUAAAGUUUAAGAGUGGCGACAAACGGCCUGAUCUCAGUUUGAAAACCAGUUCAGUCCAGCAGAAGAGCUCAAACCCAGAGUCCAGCUGUGUGUCUGUGAAGAGUGACUGGUCUAUGGAGCCGCCAAUAGAGUUUAAGAGUGGAGACACACGGCCUGAUCUCAGGUCAAAUCUUCCAUCCAGACCAGUUAAAAACAAAACUGUGUUCAUGCCUGUGAUUCAACCACAAGACUUUCAUGAACGCAUGUGUCCUGGUUUCAGCCAUGACUCUAAAGCUGCUGAAGUCCUCAACACACUGAGAUCAAAUCUGAGACAGAAGUUUGAGUGUGUGUGUGAGGGAAUAUCAAAGCAGGGAAAGCCAACACUCCUGAAUGAGAUCUACACAGAGCUCUACAUCACAGAGAGUGGAAGUGGAGAGAUCAAUAAUGAGCAUGAGGUGAGACAGAUUGAGACACAGUCCAGGAGAGCAGAAACAGAGGACACACCGAUCAAAUGCAGUGACAUCUUUAGACCUUUACCUGGACAAGACAAACCCAUCAGAACUGUGCUGACAAAGGGAGUCGCUGGCAUUGGAAAAACAGUCUCUGUGCAGAAGCUCAUCCUGGACUGGGCUGAAGGGAAAGAGAAUCAGGACGUCCAGCUCAUAUUUCCACUGGCUUUCAGAGAGCUCAACUUGAUGAAGGACAAAACACUCAGUCUUUCAGAUCUUCUUCAUCGCUUCUUCCCUGAAAGCAGAGAAAUGGCCAUAUCCAGUGAUGAGUAUAAAGUGCUGUUCAUCUUUGAUGGUCUGGAUGAGUGUCGUCUGUCUCUGGAUUUUCAGAGCGAUGUGAGGUUGUGUGAUGUGACUGAAUCAGCCUCAGUGGACGAGCUGCUGACGAACCUCAUUGUGGGGAAUCUGCUUCCCUCGUCUCUCAUCUGGAUCACCUCCAGACCAGCAGCAGCGGAUCUCGUCCCCUCUGAGUGUGUCCAUCGAGUGACAGAGGUACGAGGCUUCAGUGACACACAGAAGCAGGAAUACUUCAGGAAGAGGAUCAGUGAUCAGAGUCUGGCCCACAGGAUCAUCUCACACCUGAAGUCCUCAAGGAGCCUCUUUAUUAUGUGCCACAUCCCAGUGUUCUGCUGGAUCUCAGCCACUGUUCUAGAGGAGAUGUGCAGUGAAGCAGAGAGACGAGAGAUUCCCAAGACUCUCACUCAAAUGUACACACACUUCCUGCUCAUUCAGACCAACAUCAAACAUGAGAAGGACUAUGAGAAGAAAGUGAAAGAUGAAGACAUGAUCGUCAAACUGGGGGAACUGGCGUAUCGGCAGCUUGUGAAAGGCAACCUGAUCUUCUAUGAGGAAGACCUGAGCGAGUGUGGCAUUGAUGUGGCAGAAGCAUCAGUUUACUCAGGAUUGUGCACUCAGAUCUUCAGAGAGGAGUUGGGCUUGUGUCUGGGGAAAGUCUUCUGCUUUGUUCAUCUGAGCAUUCAGGAACAUCUAGCAGCUCUAUAUGUGCAUCUCUCCUUUAUCAACAAUAACAUCAAUGUGUUUGACCAGAUUACCAAACCAACUAAUGGAGGCAAAGUGUCCCUAUCUGAUCUCCAUCAGAGAGCUGUGGAUGAGGCUUUACACAGUAGAAAUGGGCAUCUGGACCUUUUCCUUCGUUUCCUUCUGGGUCUGUCAGUGGAGUCUAAUCAGAGUCUCUUACAAGAACUAAAGACACAGACAGCAAACAGCUCUAACAACAAUGAGGAAACAGUUGACUAUAUUAAAGAGAAGAUCAGUGAGAAUCCCUCUCCAGAGAAAUACAUCAAUCUGUUUCACUGUCUGAAUGAACUGGGGGAUCUUUCUCUAGUCAACGAAGCUCAACCUCAUGCAUAUGGAGGAUUACGUGCUGCGAAACUCUCCUCGUCUCAGUGGUCAGCUUUAGUGUUUGUGUUGUUGUCCUCAGAGAAGACACUGCAGGAGUUUGACCUGUGGGACUUAAUUGGAUUCAGUAAUGAUGGUGUCCUACAAAACACUGCAGAUGAAGUUCUUCAGAAGCUGAUGCCUGUGGUUACAGCAACUAGACACGCUGUGUAAGUAACACUGAGAACAAGCAUCACUGCUAAAACAUUA